AUGGAAGUUAACCAACGAUUUACCACUGAUUUAUGGAUGGCUCCACGACUUGGGUGUCGCUCCUGUCCCCAGUUAAAAUAGCCAACUGGCGUGAACAAUGGCUUCGGUUGGAGCAUGCAUAUUCAUUUGAUGAAUCAGUUAUUGCAAAGGACAAUGAGACGGAAGAAUUAGCGCAUCAAUACACAGAAGAAGAGAACACGAGUGAGAAGUUAGGUUACUGCCGCGUCUCUUCGGUGCAGUCCAUAAUAAGAAGCUAUGGCACUAGACUGUACAUCGCUGACAAAACUAACCCUUGUUUUAUGUGUGGCGGCAGCCCGUGGCUUUCCCCCAGUGAGCGGCUGCAGCGAUGCCUACGGGAGGGCCAUUCCACCACUUAGCAGCUGCAGCGGUGCCUACGGGAGGGCCAUCGCUGACUUCUGUGUGACCAAGUUCACUCUGGACAUGAAGGCCCUGGACCAGAGCCUGUGGUGCAGCUGGUCCGACACUUUUCAGCCUUACGAGGAACUGACCAACUGCACCUAUUUUGUGGCACUCAAGAUGCACUGCUUCUGGCCCAACCAGCAGAUAGACGAACUCUUCAUACGCCUCCACAUGGACUACUUUCACGACUGCGCUCUGACCGGCAGGCUGCUUCGGGACCCUCCUAUACGUAUCUUGGGGCCUUUCAUUGGAGUGCCUGUGCUGGUCACUCUGCUCAUGACUGCCCUAGUGGUGUGGAGCGGUAAAUGCUGCCAGGGAAUCGUGUAACUGUCUCAUCCUGGGUGAAGGUGCCCCUGGGUACGGAAUACAGAUCUAGGAUCAGUUUGCCCUGCCAAAAUUCUAAACUGAAUCAUUAGCGGUGGAAACGCAAAACUGACUUCUAGGGAUCAACCUGACCUCUUGGAGAACGAACUCCAGCUUAUCUGAUAGGGGAGACAUGAUGGAGGGGACACUGAACUGGGGCAAACGACAAGCAGAGAUACCCAACAGCAUACUAAGACUGUAAUCUUUCUGUGAUGUUUGUUGUUUGAUGGACACUGGUGGUAUGAGUGAAGCCUACUACUGAAACAAAGCAAAGGCUAUUUAAGAUUGUACAAUGGCUCAUCGAUAACCCUAGAAAUUCCAAUUGAAAACACGCAUUGUAUUGUUGUAAACCACAAAGUGGCCAACCAAGAGAGGGCUAAUGUUGUGUAGGGCACGGAGGACAGAUAGUAAAUACCUCGUAUGUCAAAAUCAAUGCAACAACAUCUGUAAUGUAGCUUUGGGCACCAGCCAAGUCUUUAUAUGAACUGAAUAGAUGUAUAUAAAGGGCUUCACAGAAAAGGCUGUAUUUGAUCUAGACAGCCACGCCCAGUAGCCACGCCCAGUAGCCACGCCCAGUUGCCAUGACCAGUAGCCACGCCCAGUAGCCAUGCCCAGUAGCCACGCCCAGUAGCCACGCCCAGUUGCCACGCCCAGUA